UAUCGUCUGCUUUGAAUAGUUCUUUAAAAAAUCAAACUUUAAUUUACUAAAAAACUAAAUAGUAAAGUAUUGUUUUGAAAACAAAAUAAUACAAAUGGAAAUAAAAGAAACCUUUUUCAUUCAGCAAAUUACUCCAUAUUAAAGGUUUUCACCUCAUCCAUGGAGAACGAAGAAAAUAGAGCUAAGGAAUUAUGUUUAACAAAUGAUCCAAAUGCAUCGGGUGAUUCGAGAACCGUAGGAAGUCUGGACUCUUACGAUGGCAAUUAUGACAGGACAGACUCCCCAUCAGAUGUAGGUGGAAUUGUUGAAAGCUUAGAACCAUGUGAGAUGAUUCAAAAAUUGGGUUCAGAGAUGAAAGACUUGUUCAGCGGUUGGAGUGAAGGUUUUUUACCAUCAAAGCAAAUGGAAGAACAAGUUCUCAAAUCGAUGGAUGAUCUGAAAAAACAAGCAUAUAUGUUAGAAGCUGAAUGUUUAGAAAAUAAACUGGAACAAAUUAAAAAGCGCAUGACCGAUUGAUGUAGAAGUAUCUGAAAUAGAAUCAUUUUUAGAAAAAAACUGAAUUCAACAAAGGAAAAAGCGAUUGAAUGUUAAAAAAAAAUUCAUUCAUUUUUAACCACUUCUUAUGUAUCUUUCUAGUAAAAGUCUUUAUAUGCUAUGUAAAAAUUUUGCU